AUGAUGCCUCAAACCCCUGAGAAAGCAUUCAGCAGCGGCGUUGCUGUGAUAACAGGAGCCGGAGGUGGUCUGGGUUCCGGUCUCGCUCGGCAUAUUGCCUCAUUCGGAAUGGCCGUCAUCAUCGCCGACAUCGACCUCGAACGCGCCGAGGAAGUGGCUUCUGACAUUAGGGCCGCCAAUGGGAAAGCAGAAGCGAGAGGUGUCGAUGUAUCACGGCCUGGUGAGCUGGAUGCACUGGCCAAAUACGUUCACGAUCACUACGGAGAUGUUCAACUGCUCAUCAACAACGCGGCAAUCGAGACACUUGGUCCGUUAUGGGAAUUGUCUUCCUCCCGGUGGGAGGCGAUUUUGAAUGCCAACAUCCAUGGCCCUAUCCACGGUGUUCGGGCCUUUCUGCCCCGCAUGAUGGCCUCCGGAAAGGAAUGCUGGAUCGCCAACGUUUCGAGCGUCGGGGCCUUCACCACCAUCCCAGGCCAAUCAGCGUACGCCGUUACGAAGCACUCCGUGCAAGCCUUUACAGAGUCCCUGUAUGUGGAGUUGAGAUCUGAAAAGGCGCCCAUACAUGUUAGCGCUGUGAUUCCAGGACUGCUCAAUACUGGUAUCUUCGACUGGGCUCGCCACGAAGACUCCACAGUUGAUCCAGCCCAGAAGAAACAUCGAAGGGCAAUGGCAGAACUAGCAAGAAAGAGGGGAAUGGGUAUUGAGGAAGCGAGCCGUUUGGUCGUGCAACAAGUUGCAGCUGGGAAGCUCUGGGUUUCUACCCAUCCGGCUAUCUUGACGGAGAUUUUGCAACAGAGGACCCAGUUCUACGAGAGCCAGGGAGAGCCUAAUGUUCCUCCAGCAUAA